AUGUGGUCUCUCUCUGACAUGAUGGCUCAGUGGUUAGAGUGCGAAAUCACUGACCGGAAGGUCCGUGGUUCGAAUCCAACUUCUGCCUCUCGAAUUUCCCUGUACAGGCUUGGGCAACCUGGCAGUAUUCCAGCCCUUAUGCUUCCUUCCGGUGGCAUGGCAGUUAGGCGCAGAAGUAAUGCUACAGCUGAACGAUCUUUCCCUCUAACUUGUAAGAGGGAGGGACAUAUUUCUAUGCUUGAAUUGGGUUACUGUGCCCCAGAAGUAACGGAUUUUCACCCUACGUGCUGUUUUUGUCCGGCUCUGUCUGGACAACAAGAGGUGGGAUGCGCUCCCUUGCACCUGACGUCCGCUGUGCCAAUGUACCUGCCUUUAGUGCAGCCGACUAUCCCCACCUUCCAGCCCACGGUCCCUUCAGGUCCUCUCCCAGUACAACACAGAACUGUGGUUACCAAUGUGACUUUGCCGACCAUCUCACCGUCAACCACAACCACCUCCAAAUCGACGUCCAGUGAGGUCACACUGAAGGUGAUCACUGCACCACCACAAAUGGCUGGACCGACUGAGCUGGCCGAACGAGCCAAAGAAGCUGCCACUGCUGCAGCCAAGUCGCGAGCAGCUGUUGACGAGGAUGAUGAUGAUGUGACCAGAGCGCUGUUAGCAGCAGCUGCCGGUGUGACCUACACGCGUGUUCAGGGUGCAGAUGGUCGAGAAAAGGUCCGAGCCAGUAUUACGAAACCUCCUCUUACCCCAGUGAUGCAACAGACGAACUCUACAACUCCGAAACCUACAGCAGCAGCUGCUGCUGUGGUAGCAGCUGUGGCACCACUACCAAAUGCUACGAAAGUCGUGCAGACGAUGAUCGCUCCUACCGUUCCACCGCCUGUCUACCGGCCACCUCUUUCCACCAAUUCUUCUGCUCCUGCUCAGACGGGAAAGAAAAAGCGUUUCAUUCGUGUGGCUGCCGGUAUGACCUGGGAAGACCCUACUUUGGCCGAAUGGGAUCCAAACGAUUUCAGAAUAUUUUGUGGUGAUCUGGGCAAUGAGGUUUCCGAUGACACACUGACCCGGGCUUUCAACCGUUACGCCUCAUUCCAAAAAGCGAAGGUUGUUCGGGACAAACGCACAGGAAAAUCCCGUGGCUACGGUUUUGUGAGCUUCUCUGAUCCGGCCGAUUUCACUAGAGCAAUGCGUGAGAUGAACGGUAAAUAUGUAGGAAAUCGGCCGAUCAAGCUAAAACGAAGUGACUGGAGAACCAGACAGUUGGAAACAUAUCGGAAGAAGGAGAAAGAAAAGAAGAAGUGCAGUACAAUCCACAUAUUAACAACCGAAAUCCAUGCGCUGGUCGAUCCACCACUGCGCUCAGUCGCAACUUGCUUCUCACUAGCAAACCGUCCAAUCGCAUACAACUGGGCACAGAGAUGGGCAAACGGCUGUUUCAUCAACGUGUUUUCGGUUGUGCAACGUGUACUUCCAUUGAAGACUGUGUCCAGCACCAGAAGCUGCGUUGAUUGGAAUGUGUUUCCUAUGCCGAACCAUCGUUUGCCGAAUAGAGUGCUGUUUUCCAUGCCCAAUUCAGAGUGGCGGAACCAGAGAGGUGGCAUACGGGUACGAAGGACAUUAGGGAACGUUUAG